AUGGCUAAAGAAAUUGAGGAUUCAGCUCCAUCUAUAAAUACCUCAAGUAAUGAGCAUUAUGAACACAGAAAUACAAGCCAAUACAGAAGUGCUCCCACCUUUGAUGUUGUAAACCAAUGCACCUACACUGUCUGGGCUGCAGCGUCACCCGGUGGAGGCCGAUGUUUGGACCCUGGCCAAACAUGGAACCUCAAUGUCGCACCUGGCACCACCAUGGCUCGCAUUUGGGGCCGAACCAAUUGUAACUUUGAUGCCAAUGGUCAGGGCCAAUGUGAAACAGGUGAUUGUAACCGAAGGCUAGAAUGCCAAGGCUACGGCUCUCCACCAAAUACCUUAGCCGAAUUUGCAUUAACCCAGCCCAACAACUUAGACUUUCUCGAUAUCUCUUUUGUUGAUGGGUUCAACAUCCCACUGGACUUCAGUCCAACCUCCAGUGCCUGCCGAGGAAUCCGGUGUGCCGCCAAUAUCAACGGUGAGUGCCCUACUCAGUUGCGGACUACUGGUGGCUGCAACAACCAGUGUACGGUUUUUAAGACCAAUGAAUAUUGUUGCAUUGAUGGACCUGGAAGUUGUAGUGCAACUGAUUUAUCCAAGUUCUUCAAAGACAGGUGCCCCGAUGCUUAUAGCUAUCCACAAGAUGAUCAAACCAGCACUUUCACUUGCCCUGCAGGCAAACCUGUUGUUGGGCGUUUCUGCUGGUCUGAUGGGGUGCUAUUGGUGGGUACAAGCAAUGGGUUUAAUAGGACAACAUCAUGGUUUGUUGAGGACAUCAGAGUACACAGGCUGCUGUUGGGUGAGCACAGUGUGGUGCGUGCUGUGUCAACUACUCAAACCAUGGGCUACUCAACCAAACUUCUCACCUCCUCCCUCCUCUUCGGCCUUCUCUUCAUUUCUGCUAAUGCAGCCACCUUUGAAAUCCGCAACAAUUGCCAGUACACUGUGUGGGCUGCAGCCUCACCUGGUGGUGGACGCCGCCUAGACCGUGGCCAAACUUGGUGGCUUAACGUGCCUGCUGGCACAUCCAUGGCUCGUAUUUGGGGCAGGACAAAUUGUAACUUUGAUGGCAGUGGUAGGGGUCGUUGCCAAACCGGGGAUUGCACCGGUGGCCUAGUGUGCCAAGGUUGGGGUGUCCCUCCUAACACUCUAGCUGAAUAUGCGUUGAACCAAUUUGGUAACUUGGAUUUCUAUGACAUAUCACUUGUUGAUGGCUUCAAUAUCCCUAUGGAGUUUAGCCCAACAUCAGGUGGUGGAGGGAAGUGUCAAGCACUUGUUUGCGCAGCAGACAUCAAUGGCCAAUGUCCUAAUGAAUUGAGGACUCCUGGUGGGUGUAAUAACCCUUGUACUGUGUUUAAGACUAAUCAAUAUUGUUGCACUAAUGGGCAAGGGAGCUGUGGUCCUACCAAUUUUUCAAGGUUUUUUAAGGAUAGAUGCCCUACUUCUUAUAGUUAUCCCCAAGAUGAUCCUUCAAGCACAUUUACAUGCCCUGGUGGGACUAACUACAAGGUUGUCUUCUGCCCUUGGGGGUCUCCUCAUUUCCCCUUGGAGAUGCCUGGAAACAAGAACGUAGAGUAA